AUGCCGUCUUUGCUGUCAACUCACAACUUGACAUUAAAGCAAGUCGAGUUUGACCAGCAUAACGAUCGUGCAAGCAAGGAUGAGUUUGAUCAGGAUAUCGUCACCAUGCAUACGCCCUCACUGCUUCAGAACCCCCUACCUCAGGAACUGGAAACAUUCGAAGCAUCAACAUCAUCCACUCCAGGUUCUGUUAGUGAUGAGACUACAUUCUCAGAGCAAGAGUUGUCAAGAGACUCUGCAUUGAACUCUGACGAGGAAGAAGAUCUGAUCAUCGUUGAUCGGCAGAGCGACUCUGACUAUACAAGCAAAGCUACGCGACGAAGAAGAACCAGCAGCACAGGAACACGAACCACGAAGCCUGCUAGUUGCAGAAGACGCGGGUCCAGCAUCUUGGACAGCAAUUCCCGAGUCCGUAAACGCAAAAUCUCGACAACUACAACUGCUUCCAACCACACUCGUCGGCCAUCCAGACCAAAGGCCAAGCCCAAAGGGCCAGCACUCCUUCAGAAACCUGGGUCAAGCGUUCCUGCCAUCAGCAAAUCUGAACGUAGCUUCCCCUGCGCUUUCCACAAUUUCGGAUGUCCUGCAGAAUUUCCAAAUAAAAACGAAUGGAAACGUCAUGUUGCCUGUCAGCAUCUACAGCUUGGCUUCUAUCGAUGUGACUUGGAUGACUGCGAUCCUAAUAACAACAACAGCAAGUUCCGAGCACGCAACAACCACAGACCCAAGCACGACGAAGAAAUAAUCAAGAUCUACAACGACUUCAAUAGGAAGGAUUUGUUCACUCAACACUGCAGACGCAUGCACGGACCUACUCGAAACCCAGCACUCUGCUCCAAUGCACCAACCAAGAAAGGCGGCGAACUGAAGCCAACCAAAGAAGACGAAGCCGAUUUCGAGAAAGAGAUGAUAAAUAUCAGAAGUCGUUGCUGGCAAGUCAGACGCAAAGCUCCUGCUCGCAGUAAUUGCGGCUUCUGUUCUAAGGUGUUCGACGCCAUUUACUACACUUCCAACACCGGUGGUACACAUGAUCAAGGGCCUGAAGAGAAAGCAUGGGAGGAGAGGCUAGAGCAUCUCGGAAGACACUACGAGAAAGAGCCCUUGAGGAAAGAACAAGAAGAAAUUGACGAUGACCUCGUUGCUUGGGGUCUCAGGAAUGGUGUAUUGAGAAGGCUCGACGACGGGCGAGCUUGGUUAACGACUGCAGACGUGCCUGACUUGUACACAAGUUCUGUACAAGGGGCAGAAGAAGAUCACAAGAGGAAGGCACGUCGACAGUCAAGUCGCACGGUUGUUGUGCAGAGGGCACUAGCCGUGAAGAAGGAAGAAGCUAGUGACGACGAUGCAGACGGUGAGGACGAGUGA